CCCCUCUCUCUUUCGCAUUUCCAGUUUCGUCGCAUGAUGGCGCUAUUGUACUCAGUCGAUCUCGCCGUGGUCUCGUCCAGUUUGACGUCAUGAUUUGGUGCACCACCUAUCGCUCGGGCCUGUCGUACAAUGGUUACGGCUGCUACUGCGGGUACGGUGGGAGUGGCACCCCCGUAGACGGCGUAGACAGAUGUUGCGAGACUCACGACAGAUGUUAUAGCGACCUCUACGACGAAGGCUAUUGCCCUAGAAACGUCGAAAUCUUCACAGCUCUGUAUAAAUUCCGAUCGCAAGAUUGCCUCUAUUCGUGGAGCCGAUUAUUCGGCGGCUCCCGUAGCCCAGAUAUACAAUGCAAUGAUAAAGUUAACAGCCGAUGUAUGCAAGCAUUGUGUGAGUGCGACAGAGAAACUGCAUUUUGCUUUGCUGGUGAGAAAUACAACUCAAAGUAUAGUUUCUACGACAAGAAAAGGAAAUGCAGAUAGCACUUCGGUGUAAA